AUGUCUGCCAACCCAGGAAACGUCGUCGGAGGCCACAAGGCCAACCUCAACAACCCCAACACUUCCGACGAGUCCAAGCAGCACUCCAAGGAGGUGCUCCAGGACAUCGAGAACGGCGGUGACGCCAACGCUGUCUCCUCCUCCGGUGGUGACAAGAACCCCAACAACGUCGCCGGUGGCCUCAAGGCUACCUUGAACAACCCCAACACCUCUGACGAGGCCAAGCAGAGCGCUAAGGAGAGGCUCGGCCAGGAGUAA